AUGGCCAAGAUACCAGUAUUUGGCGGUCUUGGGUCUGAUAUUAUUUUCAGUAAUGCUACACGCAACCAGGCAACCCAAGAUUCUCACUCUCUUCAAGGGCAAAUUCUGGCGGAGACCUGUCACAAGAUUUUCCUCGAGGAAAUCAGCCUGGCAUCAUCUCAGGCAGAUGGCGCCACUAUCAUCGACCUGAACGACUUCCGACGGCCACAGGACAUCAUACAGCCAUGUCAGCGCUAUCACCACCAUCCUGUCGUACAACACGCGACCCUAUCCCUUGUGCAACUGCUAAGAUACCAAAGCCACGGCCUGGCAAGCCCUCGCUCCAAUAACCAGGAAACAGUUGCAGUUUCAGGCUUUUGCGCCGGCUUGUUCACGGCUGUAGCAGCCGCCACCAUUCAAAGCCCACUUCAAUAUUUCGCUCGGGUUGAAGAAUGCUUCCGUGCUGCGGUCAUGCUCGGCAUAGUAUUCGUCGGUAAUAUCGAAGAAAAGGAUAUGUUACAACUUAUCUCGGCAUAUUCCGCUCCUAAAACCUUAUGCACGCCCAUCUACGUGAGCUCGUUGAAUACUAGAAACAUCGUCACAGUCAGCGGCGAAGGAGACGCUUUGCGCGAAUUUGCCAGAACUGAGCUCCCAACGAAAUGCCGUGUGAUACCCACCAACAUCUUCACCCUCUAUCAUAAUCGUUGUCUACACGAGUAUAAGUACCAGCUACUGGACGAGUUCGAGAAACGCCAGAUUGCAUUUCCAUCGCAGCAAGACCUUGUUGUACCAAUAAUAUCUACCAUUGAUGGAUCACUGAUCCGAGCCAAGAAGGGUGGUUCCUCGACAGACCUGCUGAGCCAAAUUCUGGACAUGAUCUUGAUGGAAUGCACUAAUUGGAUAUCGGUGGAAGACACAAUUGCUUCACUUGCUCAUGAGAGGCGCAGCCGGAAUCAUUAUGUUCUGACUGUCUGUAAUUACGGACCUAGCAAUGGUGCCCUCACUAGACCGAAGGACGUUCCCGAGCAUGUCGAAGUCAUCGACACAUCCGUUGAGUUAUACACUGGGCAAACAUCGCAGGAAGGCGAUAUUGCUAUUGUCGGAAUGAGCGUGGACCUUCCAGGGGCUCCAGAUCCGGAAUCAUUGUGGAGAAAUCUAAUGAAUGGAAUAAAUAGUUGUUCUGAGUUCGGUAACUUCAUGGACGAUCCGUUCCUAUUCGACAACCAGGUCUUCGACAUCUCGCCCAGAGAAGCCUCAUCCAUGGACCCGCAGCAGCGCGUGAUGCUCACAAUAGUACAUCGGGCUCUAGAGAACGCAGGAUAUGUUCCGGACAACACGCCGUCUUUUGCCCGGGAGACUUUCGGUUGUUUCAUCGGAAAUGCGACCCUGGACUACGUUGACAACUUGAGAAACAACAUUGACGUCUACUAUAGUCCAGGAACGCUGAGAGCCUUCUUGAGUGGCAGGAUAUCGUAUGCUUUCAAGUGGUCAGGGCCGAGCAUCACAUUGGACACAGCCUGCUCUUCCUCACUUGUUGCUAUUUACCAAGCUGCGCGGGCACUUGCAGCUGGUGAGUGCCGAGCCGCGGUAGCUGGAGGUGUCAACGUGAUAACCAGUCCAGAUAUGUAUCUGGGUCUCGAAAGGGCUCAUUUCCUCAGCCCGACAGGACAAUGCAAAGCUUUCGACAAAGCUGCUGAUGGUUACUGCCGCAGCGAAGGGUGUGCGGCUGUCGUCUUGAAACGGCUGAGUGAUGCCGUCAACGAGAAUGAUAAUAUUCUCGGCGUCAUCAAGGGCAUUGCAGUGAACCAGUCCGGGCAGGCGUCGUCGAUUACGCACCCACAUGCACCGACCCAAGAGAAGCUCUUUCACGAGGUGCUCACUAAAGCCGGCAUGCAUCAUGAGGACAUCUCCGUGGUGGAAGCACACGGCACGGGAACACCAGCCGGGGACCCGAACGAGGUCAGGGGUAUCCGGAAUGUGUUCUGCAAGGGUCGCAGCCUGGACAACCCAUUGCAUAUCAUGUCUAUGAAGGCGAAUAUUGGCCAUUGCGAAGCUGCCAGUGGUGUAGCGUCCUUGACGAAGUUGCUUCUCAUGCUAAAGCACAAGCGAAUACCACCACAGGCACUGCUGAAUGAGCUGAACCCGGCGAUUCGUGAUCUUGUCGCGGAUGGGACAGUCAUCAGCACGGAGCCCCUGGACUGGACACCGUCGCGAGGGAAGAGGAGGACUGCUCUUCUGAACAACUUCGGCGCGGCAGGUUCGAAUGCAGCACUGUUAAUUCAAGAACAUGACGAUACUCGGAAGCAGCGGCCCGGGCUUGGAGACAAUAUAACCCAUGUCUUUGGCUGCUCUGCCAGGAGUGCGGAACUGCUUCAGCAGUUGAGAGAAUCCCUCGUAUCGUACCUGACGGAGCAUCAAAGCGAGUUGUCGAUUGCUGAUGUCUGCUACACGAGCACUGCGCGCAGGAGCUUGCAAAGUUACCGAUUGUCAACGACGGCCUCGUCGAUCAAGGACCUUAUCGCGAACCUGAAAAACGCUCAAAUUCUGGAAGCACCAGACAGCCCGCGCGCCACGGUCUUUCUUUUCAGCGGGCAAGGCUCACAAUACAUGGGAAUGGGCAAGAAGUUGAUGGAUCUGUCACCAAAGUUCAGUGCGAUUGUCCGCCGAUGCCAUCGACUACUGCUUGAUUGGGGUCUUCCAAGCUGCUUGGCUGUUAUCCAACCAGACGAAGAUAAAACAUACCAGCCACAGGACCCGACGAUACUUCAAGCACUCCAGACUGGUGUUUUUGUGCUUGAGGUAGCAAUCGCACAAGUUCUGAUGGACGCAGGCAUUCGGCCUUCGAUUGUGUCGGGACACAGUCUGGGCGAGUACGCAGCUCUUGUUACUGCUGGUGUACUGGACCUUGAAAGCGGCCUCUGGCUUGUGGCGCAGAGAGCACGUCUCAUAAUCACCUCCUGCAAGCUUUGGGAAACAUCCAUGCUUGCCGUGAAUAUGAGCGCUGCUCAAGCUCAGCAAGACCUUCUCAGUCGAAGCGAAUUUUCCGACUUGAGCAUAUCCUGCGAGAACUCACCAGGUGAUUGUGUUAUUGGCGGCGACAAGCAGAAACUUUUGGUUCUCAAGGAUCAUAUCUCAGUACAUGGCAGGAGGUCGACAAUGCUCAAUGUUCCGAUUGCUUACCAUACUACUGCCUUGGAUCCGGUAGCGGAGGAUGUCAGGCAGAUGGCUUCACACGUAUGCCUCUCAGAGCCCGCGAUUCCAGUCACAAGCAACGUGCUUGGAAGAGUUGUGCAACCAGGAGAGCAAGCAUGCACACCUGAAUACUUCGCAGAACAUUGUUGUAGGACAGUUGCUUUCGAUAGUGGGCUUGACAACAUUUCCAGGCAGCAUGGAAAUCUGUUCGAUGGACGCUGGAUCGAGAUUGGGCCACAUCCAGUGUUACUGCCAAUGGUUGCCUCUCGACUAUCAGGUACUACAUCGGAAAAGCUGGCAACUUUGAGGAAGGGCCAGGACCCCUCUCAGACCUUGUCUGAUAUUUUCUGCGCGGUCUAUCGAGACAAUGUGGACAUCAACUGGCGAGCACUUUUCGAGAACCUGCCCUUGAAACCUAAUAUGACCGACUUGCCCCCGGCCCCAAUGCUUCGGAAGAAAUAUUACAAUCCCAUUUCACUCGAAUUGGCACCAGGCUCCCAUAAUGCUCGUCCUAGCAGACCAACAGGAACUCAAUACACUCUCCUCGAGAACUUCGUGGAGCCAACUGGCGAUACGAUGGCAGAGUUUCACACCCGUAUGCAGACCCUAGGAGACUUGAUCAAGGGACACGUCGUUUGUGGCCAGCCGCUGUGUCCGGCCUCUGUUUACGCGGAGAUGGCACUGGCAGCAAUAUCGCAUACCGAGGGAGCCAAUACAGAACAUCAGGUCUUCAAACUGUGCGACGUUUCCUUCACAAGACCACUCCUCUUCAGCCAAAACUCUCCAAAGACAAUAAGUGUCACCGUUCAUCGGAACGAUGAAACAGACAACGGCCGAAUCUUUCGAGUCUCAAGUUUCAGUCACGGAGGAAAGCCUCUCCAGCCCAAAGAUCACUGUUCCGGGAAAAUCAAGCGGCAAUCGUGGCUAAAAGCGGCCGGUAAAUUGAAGCGAACGGAACGGGCUCUGGCUCGUCGGAAAGCCAGUCUCGAACUGGGUGGUCACCAGAUGUUUUCGACGAGCACCAUGUACAAGAAAAUCUUCAGCAGGGUGGUCGAGUACGGCCCUCAAUAUUGGGCUGUUCGCAAGCUCUACGUCGAUGAUGACGCCGAAGAGAUUUUUGCCACUUGUGAACUGCCAGCCACGAGCACGGCAGCCAACUACGCUGGCCAUCCCAUUCUUCUCGACACAAUGCUUCACGUUGCAGGCUUCGCGGCCAAUUUGAAUGUUGAUUCUGACACGGUUUGCAUCUGUCACCAAGUUUCGUCGAUAAGCAUGUUCAGGAAGGGCUUUCGCCCAAGACAUACAUUCGACGUCCACUGCAGCAAUUCCUCAGUUUCUGCGGCUGCGGAAAGCAUAUUUGCCGACGUGCACGCUGUCGACGGUGAAGGAGUAAUCGCAGUUAUGAAAGGAGUGGAGUUCAAAUGCUCCAAGCUUUCCAAGAUGCAAGCUGGUUUUGAAAUAAUUGCCGAGAACUUCCCAAAGACGAGCGACAAAGCACAUCAGCACAUCAAGCAGAAGGAGUUGCGAGCAUUUGAAGAACAGAGGCCUGCGGGUACGAAGCCUGAAAUAUCUGUCGAAGAAUAUGACGAGAGCACUGCGGUAGAGAGUCUGGUGACAAGCCCGGCUAGCGUUGUCGAUAUCCUCUCCGAGACAACAGGCGUGAAGGCUGAAGCUCUUACUUCACGAACCAAGCUUGCUGCUCUUGGCGUUGACUCUCUGAUGAUCCUGGAGCUCGAAAAGAAGCUCGAGGAUUUGCUUGGCCAUUCGCCUGGUGUCUCUCAGUUAUCGAUGUGCGAAUGUGUUGGAGAUGUCGAGAGCCUUGUUCAUGUUGCUUCUGCUGAAGGAAGCCGAUCACCAGGGACCGGGAGAUGUUCUCCGAACGCCGCAGACACAACAAUCUCGAGCAGCAAGCACAGAACUGCCAGCCGAAAUGGAGUUGAACAGGGCGUGAAAGAACCCGAAGUAUCGAACGAAAUGAUGGAGUUGCUUCGCAACUGCCUUAGGCUUGAAAAACAGCCCAUGCGGAUUCAGAACGGAUCGGAGUUCUUGGAGUCAGCCCCGAUUUACUUGGUCCAUCCGGGUGCCGGAAUGUGUUUUGAGUACUAUCGCAUCGGGUCACUUAACCGUGCUGUGCAUGCAAUCCAAGAUCCUCGCAUGUUUUCGGGUCUCGAGGAAGACUGGUCCUGCAUUCAAGACAUGGCAGAGCACUACGCUACUAUUGUCUCCAAAAGCCGACCGAGUAGUCCCAGUCGCGGUAUCAUCCUGGGCGGCUACUCUUUCGGGGGCGUCGUUGCCUUCGAGAUGGCUCGCUUGCUCUCUGAGCGCGGCGACUGCUUGGUGCGCGGCGUGGUCCUCAUCGACUCGCCUCCGCCCCUUGACCACCUUCCGCUGGCGCGAGAGACUGUCCAAGCUGCCAUGGCAGCGAAACACGUCCACACGGCGAAGACCCGGCCACCUGAGGCUGCGAGGUUCCAUGAAGCAGUCAGUGCGCUUGCUGUCAGAAACAAUUUGCGGCGGGCCGCGUUGUUAGGGCAAUAUCGACCAAGACGGGAGGGCGUGAUGCCUCGGGUGGUACUCCUGAGAUCAACCGAGGGCUUCAGGGCCCCGGGCUAUGCGCUACCAGAGAACAAGUGGUUGCAUGACAGAACGGAUGUGAAGACAAGCAGUGGGGCAUGGGAGGAGCUGGUAGGGGCAAAGGUUAAAGUUAUCGACAUCCCUGGUGAUCAUUUUACACCAUUUGAGCCAGGCCACAUUGAUGGAACUUCUCAAGCCAUCUAUGAGGCAUGUGAGAUGCUGGAGGACUAA